AUGUGCACUCCACGCCCCUGCGUGCCUCGGAACACUCCCACUCACGAAUCCCUCGAACUCACCGUCCUCCCGGACCCUCGCACCAACCCCGCCCGCCGCAAGCGCCUCCAAAAGCGGUCCGCCGUCCCAUUCGACAUUGUGUCGCCAGGCAAGCACAUGGACAGGCCCCUCGCCUCCCCCAUCCGCCCUUCGCCCGCGCCAACGCUCGUGGCCAGGAACUGGGACAAUGGGGAGAAUCGCCGGCCGAGCCAAACCUACGGACGCAGUCUCCCACCAACGAGCCCAGUAUCUCCGCUGCCGCCGAUCCUCUCGCGCGUGAGGGAGUCUGAAGAGGGAAUCCUGCGCGCUAGCGACGCUGCCUUCCCGCCCUCCUUCCGCUCUACCUCUUCGUUCUCGCUCCUCGGCCCGGACCUCCCACGGUUGGUGAGGAACCCGCCGUCGCUGCCGAGCACGGCGCCUCUACCGUCUUUUGUCGGUCCGACGGUGUGGAUGCGGAGGGAGGUUGAGCGGGGGCAUGCGAUGGUGCCGAGAGAGCAGGGAGGUGGGGGGGAUGGUGGGAGCGGGAGACGAAAAGAGAAUGUUAGGCCCGGGGGUGGGGAGGACGAGCUUGAAGAGGGGAUGGUGCGCAUUCCUAUCACGCCGCGGAAAAUUAAGGGGAGAGGGAGGCUAGGGACGAUUCGGGAGGCGAGUCGCGGAGAGAGGGGGUGGGGGGAUGGGGGGAUGGAAGUGUGUUUGGGUGAGGGUGAGAAGAUGAGGGGAGAAGGGAUGGGAUGGGAAGUGGUGAAAAGGGAUUAG